CACGCCCCGCUGUGCCCCACAGACGUUUCGGUGCCGCUGCCGGAUUCCUACAGCCCGCGUUACGUGGAGGCGGCCUGGUACAGCUGGUGGGAGAAGGAGGGAUUCUUCAAGCCGGAGUAUGGGCGCAGCGCCAUCUCGGAGCCGAACCCUCUGGGGGUGUUCAUGAUGUGCGUCCCCCCCCCCAACGUCACCGGGACGCUGCACCUCGGCCACGCGCUCACCAGCGCCAUCCAGGACGCCCUGACCCGAUGGCACCGGAUGUGCGGGCAGACGACGCUGUGGAACCCGGGCUGCGACCACGCUGGCAUCGCCACGCAGGUGGUGGUGGAGCGGAAGCUGCAGAGGGAGCGAGGAGUGGGGAGGCUGCAGAUGGGCAGGGAGCGAUUCCUGCACGAGGUCUGGAGAUGGAAGGAGGAGAAGGGCGACCGCAUCUACCAGCAGCUGCGCCGCCUGGGAGCCUCCAUGGACUGGGACCGAGCCUGCUUCACCAUGGACCCGAAAAUGUGCCGCGCCGUGACGGAGGCGUUUGUGCGGCUCCACGAGAUGGGGCUCAUCUACCGCAGCACCAGGCUGGUGAACUGGUCCUGCGCUCUGAGAUCCGCCAUCUCCGACAUCGAGGUGGAGAAGCGGGAGCUGCGGGGCCGGACGCUGCUGCGGGUGCCGGGCUACGAGCAGCCCGUGGAGUUUGGGGUCCUGGUGGCCUUCGCGUAUCCACUGGAGGGGGCCGGGCCCGGCUCGGAGGUGGUGGUGGCCACGACGCGGCCGGAAACCAUGCUGGGGGACGCCGCCGUCGCCGUGCAUCCCGACGACCCCCGCUACCAGCACCUGAUUGGUCGGCGCGUGGUGCACCCGUUCACCGGGCAGAGCCUGCCAAUCAUCAUGGACGCCUUCGUCGACCCCCAGUUUGGAACCGGAGCGGUGAAGGUGACCCCGGCCCACGACGCCACCGACUUCGAUGUGGGGCAGCGGCACCAGCUGCCAUUGCUCAGCAUCAUUGGCGAGGACGGCAGGCUGCUCAACGUGCCCCCCCCCUUCCUGGGGAUGCGGCGCUUCGAGGCCCGUGGGGCGGUGGUGGCGGCCCUGCAGCGGCUGGGGCUGUUCAGGGGGGAGAGCGAAAACCCCAUGGCUGUGCCCAUAUGCAGCCGCACGCAGGACGUGGUGGAGCCGCUGCUGUGCCCGCAGUGGUUCCUGCGCUGCGCCGAGUUGGCGCGCGGGGCCAGCGCCGCCGUCAGGAAGGGCGAGCUGAGGCUGCGGCCCCCCCAGCACACCAGGACCUGGUUCGCGUGGAUGGACAACAUUCGGGACUGGUGCAUCUCGAGGCAGCUGUGGUGGGGGCACCGCAUCCCGGCCUACCGCGUGCGCGGCCCCAAUGCGGGCAGCCCCGAUGGCGACGGCCCGUGGUUCUGCGGUCGGACGGAGGAGGAGGCGAGGAACAAAGCGGCCAAAGAGCUGGGAGUGCGGCCUGAGAGCCUCAGCCUGGAGCAAGACGAGGACGUCCUGGACACGUGGUUCUCCUCUGGGCUUUUCCCAUUCUCCAUCUUCGGGUGGCCGGAGCAGAGCGAGGAGCUGUCGGUGUUCUACCCUGGGACGCUGCUGGAGACGGGUCACGACAUCCUGUUCUUCUGGGUGGCCCGCAUGGUGAUGCUGGCGCUGGCGCUGACCGGGAAGCUGCCAUUCCGAGAGGUGUAUCUGCACGCCAUCGUGAGGGACGCCCAUGGGAGGAAGAUGAGCAAAUCCUUGGGGAACGUCAUCGACCCCCUGGAUGUCAUCGAGGGCAUCAGUCUGCAGGGUCUCCAUCAGCAGCUGCUCAACAGCAACCUGGACCCCGCUGAGCUGGAGCGAGCGAGGGAGGGGCAGAAACGCGAUUUCCCCAAUGGGAUUCCGGAGUGCGGCACCGACGCGCUGCGCUUCGCUCUGUGCGCCUACACGGCUCAGGGCCGUGACAUCAACCUGGACGUGGGGCGCGUUUUGGGCUACCGCCAUUUCUGCAACAAAGUGUGGAACGGCGCCAGGUUCACCUUGAGGGCGCUGGGACCCCAAUACCGACCCCCCCCCGCCAUGGAGCUCCGCGGGCGGCCCGGGGUCGCCGAGCGCUGGAUCCGCAGCCGCCUGAGCCGCGCCGUGGCCGCGUGCGGAGCCGCUUUGGGCCGCUUCGAUUUCCCGGCAGCCACUUCGGCCGUGCACGGCUUCUGGCUUUACGACCUGUGCGACGUCUACCUGGAAUGCGUGAAGCCCAUCCUGGCCCGCGUCAGCAAGGGGCGAGCGGCGGCGGUGCGGGAUGCGCUGCACUGCUGUAUGGAGGGGGGGCUGCGGCUCCUGGCCCCCUUCAUGCCCUUCGUCAGCGAGGAGCUGUGGCAGCGGCUGCCCCACGCCCCCCCCGCGCCCCCCAGCCUCUGCGUGUGCCCCUAUCCGCAGCCUGAGACG